AUGUCUGCUUCAAAACCCAUUUCUCCUUCUUCUUCUACGUCUCUGUACCCUUCAGCCGACAUGAAAGACCUCGCCGAGAACCUCUUCCCGGAAGACGACGCCGUUUCUAACCGAAAUACCCAAUCAUCCGAAGAACUUAUGGUCAAAAUCCCAGGGGCUAUCGUCCACCUCAUAGAGAAAGACUCAAGCAUCGAACUUGCCACUGGAGAACUCACCAUAGUUAGUCUCCGCCAAAAUGGGAACAUAGUCGCUGUACUUGCCCGCGUAGGCGACCAGAUUCAAUGGCCUCUGGCCAAAGACGAAGCCGCCGUGAAGCUCGACCAGGCCCACUACUUCUUCACUCUUCGGGUCCCCGCAAAUGGGUCGCCGAAAAGAGACGAAAUUGAUUACCCGACCCAUGAGAAAGGUCAGUUUGUUCUGCUGAAUUAUGGGUUAACUUUUGCUUCUUCGAAGGGGCAAGAGGGUUUGCUGAAGGAGCUCGAUCAGAUUUUGGGGAUUUACAGUUGUUUUUCGGAGGAGAGGGUGGAGGGGUUGGGGAAUUGGGAGGUUCUGGAUGGGUCGGUGGGGAGGGACACGUCUCAGGAGGAGAGGGCCGCGGCCUACUGGACUACGCUGGCUCCGAAUGUAGAGGAUUACAGCGGGAAGUGCGCGAGGUUGAUUGCGGCGGGUUCGGGUCAGGUGAUUAGGGGGAUUUUGUGGUGUGGGGAUGUGACUGUGGAUAGGUUGAAGUGGGGGAAUGAGUUCUUGAAGAUGAGAAUGGGGCCCACUUCAGAAUCAGAGAUUAGUCCAGAGACUUUGAAGAGGAUACAAAGGGUUAAGAAGUUGACAAAGAUGUCAGAGGACGUGGCCUCUGGAAUCCUUUCUGGGGUUGUUAAAGUAUCUGGAUUCUUCACAAGUUCUAUAGUUAACUCUAAAGUUGGCCUGAAAUUUUUUAGCCUUCUGCCCGGAGAAAUCGUCCUUGCUUCAUUGGAUGGAUUCAACAAGGUCUGUGAUGCUGUUGAAGUGGCGGGAAGGAAUGUUAUGUCAACCACAUCAGUUGUCACCACUGGACUUGUUUCACAGAGGUAUGGAGAACCAGCGGCAAGGGUAACGAAUGAAGGGCUUGAUGCUGCCGGGCAUGCUAUAGGGACGGCUUGGGCUGUGUUCAAGGUGAGAAGGGCUUUAAACCCGAAGAGUGUGCUCAAGCCUACAACCCUUGUUAAAGCUGCUGCUGAAUCAAAGUCCUCCAAGCUGAAGUCUCAAACUAAGUGA